CCUUGAAAGACAAAGCUAAAAUUUGGUUAUAUUCUUUGAGAUCGAGAUCUAUAGGGAGCGUCAAUUCAUAGAGAUGAUGUGUAAUGGGGAAUUUUUGCAUAAGGACCCAGAAGAAGCCAUAGAUUAUUUAAAUGAGUUAGCUGAAAAAGCUCACACUUGGACAGGACCUAGUGCCACUGAUAGUACUAGUAGGUCACAAUCAUCUGGGAUUUACCACCUUAAGGAGGAAGAUAACCUUAGAGCCCAAUUGGAAGUUGCAACUAGGGAACUUGAGACGUUAAAAAUGAAAAAUAAUAGAGUCACCCACACAGUUGCAAGGGUAGAAGCUCAGGCUCCAUGUUUUGUUUGUGGAGGAUUGGAUCAUUUAGCUCAAGAUUGCCUAACCUAUGGUGAGAUGAGAGGGGAAUCUACCUCUAAUUCGGAGAACAUUCAAGGGGUCAAUGCAAUCACUACUCGUACUGGUAAGGUUAUAGAGCCAUUGCAAAAGUCACCUAAAUUGAAGGAUGCUACUCCAAGUAGCCGUGAAGAUGACCUGUUGGAAGAACCUGAGAAGGAGGUCCCAAUUCGAGUUCCUUUCCCUCAAGCUCUUAAAACUGGAAAGAUUUCAAACAAUCAAGGUGAGAUUUUAGAAAAUUUGAAAUAAGUUAAGAUUAAUCUACCUUUGUUGCAUGUGAUUAAACAGGCUCUACUUGUAUUGCUCUCAUAUUUGAUUGAUUGAAAUCCUGAAAUUAGUUUGGAGUACGAGUAGUGGAAUUUUGAAUAACUAACUAGCCUAUCUUCUAUUCAAUGUUUGUUUGUUUGAUUGUCUGUUAAAUUUUGCCUUUUCCUUUGAGUGAUUUGCUGCUUUUCAACUUCAUGAGAGAAGUCCUUUGCCUUAAACAGUUAUU